AUGCUUGUUUUCAUGACGUCUGACUUUCAGGUAACGCCUCAUGUAUAUACUCAGAAGAUGUUGCAGUCUAGAAAACUGCGCCUGACAGAGGCAAAUGAAAUGCAUCCACCUCAACUUCUAGAACUACUUGACCCCGGCACAACCCAUCAAAAAAUGCCUUUGGUGGAUGUAGAGCAAUCACUUUUUCAGCCCCACCCUCCAGAGUUAGUCUUUCAAAACUUCACGCCUGCGCAGUCUUACAAGUUACCGCUGCAGCUGUUUAACAAUGAUAAGGUAUCGCGGCAUGUCAAGUUAGAGCAUCAGGAGUCUGCAUAUUUCCAAGUUGAAGGUCCAAAGGAGGCAAAGAGUAAAGUAGCAGCAGGACUGUCAGUGAGCUUCACAGUCAUCUUCACUCCUCAAGAGAGCAAGGACUACCACCACAAUCUAAGUUUUGUGACAGAGCGGGAGCAGUUUAAGGUGGCAAUCCGUGCCAUUGGACCAAGAGCCAGUUUGAACUUCCGUGAUGAGUUGCAUUUACCUGACUGCCUCGUGAAAGCCUCCACACAGAGAACUCAACUUGUACGCAACCUGGGAGACCGCGUAGCCAUCUUCAAGUUAUACACAAAGAGUCCUUUUUCAGUAACUCCUUCCUCUGGAACACUUGAUAUUGGCGAGAGCAUGCAAGUCACUGUGGCUUUCAGUCCAAUAACUCCAGGAGACCAUCAUCAGGAUCUGUUGCUACACUAUGAUACCGGUGAAGAUGUACACAUCAACCUACAUGGUUUCUGUGAAGAGCUGAAGCUUAAUCUUAUUCCUGAGCACCUUAACUUGGAAAAUACCUACAUCUCACUGUCCAACACACAUACGGUAUCCCUUACAAACAGUAGUGAUACCACUCUUAAAUACUUCUGGAAGACAUGGUCAAGCCAAUCAGAAGAGAACCAGAAUUGCUCAAUGCACGAGCAGCAGUUGCUUAUUCCCUGCCAGUCUGACCCCACAGCCAAUCAUCGAAUCGACAUUCUUUCUCUCUCACAAGGGUGCAUAACAAUAGAACCAGCGUUGGGAGAAAUAUGGCCAAAUACCACAGCACGUUUCACGAUUGUCUUCAAGCCUAGUGAAGCCAAACUAUACCAGGAAACCAUAUAUUGUGAUGUCACUGGCCAAAAAUCUUACAUGCCUCUGAAACUCAGCGGUGAGGGUUUGGGACCUGCGAUGCAGAUCAACUGCAACCUAAUGGAUAUGAAAAAAAUAUUCAUCGGUCACACUGUCUCUUAUGAGGUGCAGCUGUCCAACCAGGGACUGAUUGAUGCCCCUUUUGAAUUAUUAAGCCCCAGUACCACCUUUGGUCAAUUUUUCUCCUUCACUCCCACGAAAGGUGUUGUUUGCUCUGGGGCUUCCCAUUUGGUUAAAGUCACCUUCCAAAGUAACAUUUUGGGAACCUUUUCUGAGGGCUUACUUCUGAGUGUCACUGGACAGCCUCUACCACUUACUAUGACCUUCAGGGGCUGUGUCAUUGGUCCAACUUUUCACUUCAGUGUUUCGGAACUCAACUUUGGAGAUGUAGCAUUUGGUUUCCCUCAAACUGAAAUGUGCUCUCUCUUUAACACAUCCUUUGUCCCAAUGAACUUUUCCCUGCGUGUUGUGGGAGACGGCAUGGGGCCUCCGAGUGUGACCAGUGACCAACAAGUUUGUGAGCUGUGUAGGAACAACUGGCAAGGCAGUGCUGCUCAUGACAACAGUGCUAUGCCAAUUGAGUUCACUGUCAGUCCUGCUGUGGGUUCUGUUCGGGCAAUGGCAAAUGUCAGCAUCAAGGUGACACUAUGCUCCAACACAGUCAAAUAUUACAGAGUGGCUUUGGUGGUAGAUGUUGAUGGUGUUGGAAAAGAGGUAAUGGCUCUGCCCAUUAUUGCAAGGUGUGUUGUUCCAGAUGUCAUGGUGGACACUCCAGAGGUGGACUUCCAGAAGUGUUUCCUAAACUACCCUUACGAAAAAAUGAUACACCUAACGAACCAAAGCUCCCUGCCCGUCUGCUAUGGCAUGCUGGAGCAGGAAUAUGAGGAUAGUCCUUCAAUUAUAUUUGGAAGUUCUUUAUCAAGGGGAGUGAUUCUUCCUCACAGCUCAGCAGACCUCCCUGUGUUUCUUCUGGUGAAGGAUGUUGGAAAGCAGCAUAUCACGCUGUACAUUGCUUUAUUUGGUAGCAUUCACCCACCACUGGAGGUUGUCUUGUCAUGCAUUGGGCGUGGUCCUAUAGUUCACGUUCGGUGUCCGAGUCAACAACUUGAAUUUGGCAAAAUACCUGUCUUAACAGAUAUUGCUAAAGACCUUCCCCUAUCCAACCAGUCGCCUAUUCCGGCAUUCUUCACGGCACGCAUGUGCCAAGGAAAGUCUCCUUGGCGUGUUGAACCCAAUGAAGGGGAAGUGCCACCACAAGGCCAACUGGAGCUAAAGGUUGUGGCUAAUCUGAAAGAUACUGUGUUGUUUCAAGACAAACUUGAGAUUUCCAUCCAAGGCAGUCAAACGCACACUGUUGCCCUGUCUGCAACUGGCACAGGAACCACAAUCGUCAGUGAUAAACCCUUACAUCCAAAUCUUGACCUUGGCACAUACUUUAGCCAUGGAUCAUGCGACUUCCACUUCAAGGUGACAAACUACGGCCAAAGAGUACAUCGACUUUACUGGAAGACAGUGGGUUCAUCUCGUCGGAGUCGCCUGCCCCGCAUCUCAACUGAAAAAAGGAAAGAUUGUGUAAGUUGUCUUCCUUGGGCGGCAUCAAAUAACAACAGGCCAUUAUUCAGCAUCAGCCCAACACGUAUGGAACUUUUCCCUGGUGACUCAGUUGACAUGCUUCUGAAAGGAUCCUCAAACACCCCAAAGAUUGUGAGAGAACAUCUUGUUUGCUGUGGCAUUUUGGGUCAUCAGGGCUUUAAAGAGCAUAUCUUUACUGUGGAACUGACAUGUCAGUUUGUGGCACCCGUGAUCACCAUGUCUUCCCAGAAGCUGAAUUUCUACAUAGAAAAGCUUCCAGGAGAAAAUCUUACCCAGCUAUAUGAAGAACUGGUUUUAAAGAAUGUGUCAUCUCUGUCUCUAUCCAUGGAGCUUUUUCUUGCUUUUCCUUUCUCUCUGUGUGAUGAACGGGGGGUCCACAGUACUGCUAACAGUAAGACAUUGGCAUUAGGUCAAGGUGAAGAGACUCACUUGUGGAUAUGCUUUGACCCAACAAGAUUCCAUGGUCAAUUGUCUCAAGUUGUGGAUAAGACCCUCACCAUGCGCUACAUAGGGCACCCACAACAAGACAAGGUGGAACUGCAUGCUGAAGUUCACUUUCCCAAUUUACAUUUUUCUUCAACCACAGUGGACUUCGGCAGUGUGCUCAAUUCCACGGAAAAUCACCAGGAAGUCACAAUGACAAAUUGUUCCCCAUUGCCAGUAUUUUACCACUGGGCCUGCUUGGUGGAUCAUACACACUGUGUCAUCAGAUGCGUCCUGGACGCCUCCCUGGAGAGGUGCUCUGACACGCCCCACCGGCGGGAGGCACCGGGAACGACCCAGGACACUCUGGAGAUUCUCUCGGCUGGCUUGGAAAAGAUUUUUGAUGUCUUGCCGAUGCAUGGCCAUUUGAAACCUGGCGAGCAGCAGCUGGUCACAUUCAUUUUCCAUGGCCAGGACUUUGUUAGUCGAGAGGUAAUCGCACAGUGUCAAGUGGAGCAUGGACCUAUAUAUGACAUUAAACUUAGAGGAGAAGCCUCAGAGAUCAGCUUCAGUGUGGAUUCAACCACUGUUGACUUUGGUCUGCAGCGUUUUGACUGUAUUGGGGAGUCAACAGUGAUUGUGAGGAAUACCGGAAAGGUUGGCUUUAAAUUCAGUAUUGAAAGGCUUCAAAAUGAAAUGACCGCAGUAGUCGAUGAUAAGCAAGAUGCAAUGUUGAAAUCUGAGAACGAGCAGAAACUGGACAGCGAGCAGAAUGAGAAGAUUCGACCUGGUAAACCACUUGUAAUACCUCCUACGGGUUACAUUGAAGCUGGCAUGAUUCAUUGUUUGCGCAUUCUCUACCUCCCUGGCAUCCCUGAGAGGUUUGAAAAGCAGUUCCAGCUAGUUGUGGCUCACUUACCACCACAGGUCAUCACACUCACCGGCGAAGGAGUGUUCCCAAAGAUAUCCCUGAAUUUACCUCGAAGCCUGGCAAAGGAGAGUUACAGCGGUGUGUUUGAGCGGUCCAAAAUAGCUGUCGAAAUGGAGGCUACCGUUUCUGUCCUUCCUCAGUAUGAACAGUUGCUUUUUUUUGAAAUUGAGAAAAUGCUGGUCACCGAAAAUGCCUUGGCUGUGAGCAAGAGCCUUGUGGAAAUGGGAAACGCCCAAAUUUCCAACAGAAAAUGGAGUAAACUCAUCAAAUUUGUUCUCCCUGAGUAUGUUCUGGAUUUCGGUUAUGUUGUUCCAAGCAAAGUCCUUAAACAAAUUGUACAGAUUACCAAUAAUGGGCCACUACCUGUUUCCUUCCAUGCCAACUCCAAAGUUAUUGCAGGUUUUAAGGUGGAAUUUGGUAGCAUAAGAAACCUUUCCUGUGGUGAGACAGAGAAUUUCACCGUUGAAUUUGAUCCCCAAAAAGGCAACCUGCCAUUGGGUAUCAGAAGUGCUCUCAUUCCAAUUCAGAUAAUAGGUGGUCCAUCGGUGGAGGUGCGUCUUUGUGCAGUGGUGACUGUGCCAUCAAUCUCCGUUUCCUCAGAAACACUCCAGUUUGACUCUGUUCGCUGUGGAUUCUGUAAGAUUCAGACAAUGCAGCUAUUUAAUCAUGAAUCUGUACCCUGCCAAUGGAGCAUAGUAGAGGAUGUGAAGCCCGUAAAGGUCGAUAAAUUCCUCCCCCUCCAUCAGCGCAGCAAAUACCUGCAGCAGCACCGACCACCACCCGUGAUGUUUGAGAUGACUCCUUCUUCGGGCCUAUUGAACCCCGGUGACCAGGUCAACGUCCAGAUCAAGUUCAGUCCUACUGAGGGGUGUCUUUACAAGCGACAUUUAAUAAUUACUGUAGUUGAAGGCACACAGCCUGUUGUCAUCACAGCCCUGGGACAGGGUGAAGAACCGGAACUGGACUUUUGUCCACCAGAGUUGACAAUGGGCCCUUGUCUGCCAUUCAGUAUGGAGAUUGAAGCAGAGGUUAUCGUUAAAAACCCUUGCCCCUAUCCCAUUGAGUUCUACUCUCUAGAGUAUGACACGCAAUACCUGAAGGAAGAAAAGAUCCUGAAUCUUAUGGAUGGAUAUGACGCUAACGAUGUACUGCUGCUACCUCCAAGGGAUGCCGGAGAGAGUCUUCCCGUAGAACUUAUGGACUUCUACAAAGAUCACUGCUCGCGGCUAAAAGUCAUUUCAGAUAUCUUGAAAGCUCAAGCCACUGGGAGUCUGGGAACUUUGGAGAUAAACCCUCUAUCCAGUGCAAUUUCCCGUUACAUGGAUGUUGACCUGUCACCUAAAGGUCUAGCUGCUCUGAACUGCAGAGGCAUUGCUAUUAUAAUAUAUGGAGCCCCACUGACAGAUCAAAGAAAAGUAGCGACUCCCCUGGCAAAUCACUAUGGAGCGGUGUGUCUCAGUAUGGAUGCGAUGCUUGCUGACUCACUGAUGCAUGGCACUUCUCUCGUUAGCCUGGCAGGACGACAGCUGUUUAACCGUGCUGCGACUGAGUAUGCUCAGAAGCUGGAAGAGGCUGGUGUGGACAAUAUUCCUUGCAAACCUCAUACAAUGGAAUCACUAAAAGGGGGCAUACUGAACGUAAUGGAUAAGGCCACACUCAGUAGUAUCCUGCCUGAACUGCUCCUGGUAGAGAUCCUGUCAGAGAGGUUUCAGUUAGAUGACUGCUACUGUGGCAUUGUAAUUUAUGGUCUCGAGUGCGUCUACACCAAAUCAGUGGCACACUCUCUAGAAGUUAUUCUCAAGGCCCUGAGUAACCGCAAACACAUUUAUGCAAUCAACUUAUAUGACACAUACUACGCCCUGAGAUCUCGGAGGAGGGCACAAAGAAAAGCAGAAGAGGCUUAUCUGAAGGAAAAAGAACGACAAGAAGAGGAAUGGAUGCAGAACAUGGAUGAGGAGGAAUAUGAAGCUUUGCCAGAGGAGGAGAAAGAGCGCAUUAUUGAACGACAGAAACAAAAGAAACUCAUAGUUCUUGAGCAAAUAAAAAAAAUGCAGAUAGACAAACAACAACAGGAGGAAGAUAUGAAGAAACAGAAAAUUGAUGAGACCAAAAAAAAGAGCAAGAAAGGUGGAGCUAAGGAGGGCAAACAAGCUUCACGAAAGAAGGGCUCCAUAGAGACUAAGCAGCCAACAAAUAAGCUGCACGGUAUGUUCAGCGCAUAUGAAAAGAUCCAAACCCAGGUAGAACACAUUCUCCAGCAUUGGGACCGCGUCAAUGCCGUGCUGAGAGUCCCAAUUCCAGGUCAGGAGCCUCCAGUCCAAGAAGAGCCCCCUGAGAAGCAGGCACCUACGUCAAAGAAGAGCAAAAAAUCCAGUAGCAAGAUCCCUUCGCCACUGGACCAAAACCUUAAAGCAGAAAAGGCAGUUGAGAAACCAAAAAUUAUCCCCCACAUCGUUUUGAAACUUACAGGACAAGACUAUCCAGAUAUAUAUGAAUUGCUCAAAAUGGAAGCCUUGCCUCCACUAAAUGAGGUCCUGGAUGAACUGGGUUUGGGCACGGGUGCUCUUUCUGUCCCUCCUCCUAUUACAUUAUCAGUGAUUCAUUUACCCAAAAGUAGGGAGCGAGUCAAGAGACAACUGAACUGUAAUUGUUUCACCUUUUUGAGUAUUUCUGCAGGAGAUGACCAAGAUGAGAGAAAAGAGGAAGACGAUGAAGAUGUACCAAUAAAGGCACCAAAGGGUCGCAGAGCAGGUUCAAAAUUGAAUGCACUGAAAGAUAAAAAGGGCAGAGAGAGUCAGAAGAGUGCAAAACGGCCCGCAGCUCUUCCAAAAGUCAAAGGUUUGGAACUUGCAUCUUCCAUAACUGACUUCAGUGAACAGGAUCCCCACACUGCAAGUGUGGAGCAGAAACGCAACCAGAGCCUCACAACAUUUCGCUGGGUUGUACCAGCUCAGGGUCAAGUGGUGUUGAAAAUAUGGUUUUACUCCAGCUCUCCUGGAAAUUUUGAACAGAUGUUCAACUUUGAGCUCCUUGGAACUCACAAAACAUACCAACUCUUCUGCAAAGGAAUUUGCACUUAUCCUUCAUUCUGCAAAGACUACAAGGUUCUUUUUCCCUAUUGUCGAGAGGUGCCAAAAUUUAGCCAAGGAAUUAAGAGGACCUAUGUUGUCAAUCCUGGAUACUAUGAGUUUGGCCCAUUACUCUGUAGCAAGACCAGAGACAGAUACAAGGAUAGUCGGUACCCAGAGAACACAGAAAGAAUGGUGAUCAAAAACGAUUCCGGACUGGAGGCUGAGAUUCAGUUUUACUUCCAAAAUGACACUCAGGCUAUCACAUACAUGCUAGAUCCUCCCAACAUGACACUUCAACCUGACCAUGAACAGGAGUUGACUGUCUGGGCUUACCCAACAACUCCAGGAGAAAUCAAGGACAACAUUGUGUGCUGUGUCAAAGACAAUCCGGAGGUUUUCACAAUUGCUCUCUCGUGUUUGGGAGUGCGACCAGAGCUGGAGCUAGAAAGCAAGCGCCUAAAUUUCAACAGGGUUUUACUUCAUAGGCAGGAGAGUCGUAGUGUGAAACUCCACAACAGGACCCCUCUUUCAAUAUCUUGGAGGCUUCAUGGCUUAGAUGAACUCGGAGACGAGUUCAGUGUAUCUCAGGACCACAGUGUUAUCUUUCCUAAUUCCUCCCUUCUCCUGACAAUGCACUUUAUGGCCAAAAAACCAUUAAAUAUUAAAAAGCAAUUACGCCUUGAGGUGUCAGAUGCAGAAAACAUUUUGGGUGUUUUAUACACUGACAAAAUACAGGUUUCUGCGGAAGCCUUCGAUAUAGCAAUGGACAUCACACCAGUUGCAGAUGCUUGUCUGGACUUUGGAACUAUAAAAGUCUUUGAAGAGGUCGAACGUACCAUCAAACUGAAAAAUCAAGGAAAAUACGAAUUCAUAUACAAGAUUUUAGUGGGAGACAAAAACCCCAACUUAAUCUCAGCCUUCACAAUGUCUCCCUCAACUGGCACCUUAAUUCCUCGCAAAAAGUACACAUCGAUUCAGAUUGUCUGCAGACCCAAGAAGGAAGUCUCCAUCAUUGACAAGCCUGUCCUCUCCUGUCAAGUGAUUGAACCCACCAUUGGGGAAGGAGGGCAUAUCGUAGCCAUUUUACCUAUCAAUGUUUCGGUCCAGUCGGUCUUCUCCAGGUACACAAUCUCACCUUCAUGUGAUAUCAACUUUGGUCCUCUGGUCUAUGGCUCUAAGAAAUCUCAGAACUUCAUAAUUGAGAACAAUGGAAUAUUUGAGACUUAUUACACCAUCUCCUGUGUCGGCAUCGACAUUUGUCCACGAAUAAAGCAGGGGUAGGUAGCUGGAAAGAAAACUGCUCGGGAAAGUGCUUCAGAUAAAUCUCAUGCAACCGGAACCAAAAUGAGGAGUGAGUCCUUCCAGAAAGAUUCAAUCGCACAGAAUCGACUCAGUACAGGGGUGUUUGGAGUGUUCCCUUGCACAGGAACAAUGCAGCCUCGGACUCGGCAGUCAGUGACAGUUGAGUGUGUAGCUGAACAGUUAGGUAGCUGGAGCCAAAAUUUGCUUAUCGACAUCAGUGGCCGUGACCCCUCAGAUCACCCUGAAGGCAUACCAUACAAACUGAUAGCAGAAGUCUGUAGACCAGGCAUUGUAUUGGACAUGACCUCUAUCUUUGAGGAGCAUCAUUUGUGUCCAAGUAGCAGGCAGCUAUCAUCGGAACCAUAUUUCAGUGUUGAACAAGUUUUUGUCCUGGACGAGAACAAGUUUAUUUUCAACAAAGUUCUUGUGGGGCGAACUUCUCAGGCUCGCUUAAAGCUCACCAACAACAGCAAGGUGCCUUACACGCUCAACUUGGGCAUCAGAUAUGUUGGCACAAAGAUGUCCGGUAAUGUGGAUGUUUUUGAGUUGUCUUCGCCAACACUGUUCGUUCCCGGCCAGUCCCACGCAUUCACUACUUUGAGCUUCACACCAAUUACGAUGCAUGUCUACAAUGCUGUGUUUGAAGCCACGUUUGAUAAAAGCAGCAGAAUAACAACAAACCUAAAGAGCAAGGUCCUGGAGUUUGACAUAAGUGGUGAAGGCUGUCUGCCAGUUGUGUCAGUGGUACGUCCGGCCAACAAAUCAAGUCCAGGCUUACACUUCAGACGGACAUUGAUAGGACGUACCAAAACCUUACCGUUGGUGCUUUUAAAUGAUGGCAACGUGCCAGCUCAGGUCCAGAUCGACAUGACGGAUAAACAUAGCGUUUUAACGCUUAGCGCUGACCCAAGCAGCAAAUGUGUAGCUAUUGACUUCUCUCAAUUUGAGGACCCCCUUGACUGUGAUUGCGGGUUAGUCCACAGAGCAUCCCUGAAACUUGAUGUUAAUCAGAAAGUUGAAUUUGGGGUCACAUUCUCCUCCUAUGUACCCGUGAAGAUCGAUGACAAGAUUUCACUUCAAGUAAAGGGCAGCCAGUAUAGCAAUGCUACAAUACAAGUAACUGGAGAGGCUUACCACCAACUUGUCAGCCUUGAAAACAUUAGAAAACCACCACCGGAAAUGAAUCCAAACUAUGAGGAGGAAGAUUAUACCGACAUGCUUUGUUUUGGUCACUGCUAUAUAGCAUGUCCUGUCAAAGAAAGUUUCACUAUGACAAAUCACAGCAGCAGCAACCAGGUAGUGAGGUUUGAGUGGCCCUCUGAGGACGCCAAUCUCGCCUUUUCACCACAGGUAGGACACCUCCAUGCAGGCUGCUCCAAGGAAGUAACUGUCACCUUCUGUGCCAAAGCACGAGUGGUUUUAACGAAACAGCAAAUCACAUGCAAGAUCUGUCAGGUAACAUUCCAGCUUCCAUUGGAUCAGGUUCCUGACUGGGAUGACCAAAAGAAGAUAUCACAGGCUUCAGGGACACAGCCACAACAAACUGGAAAGAAUAAGAAAUCGCAUGCUGAGCCAGGAUCCUCUGUGGUUAAAGGCUCAGACUGGGAUUUGCAUUUACGCGUCAGCGUAGUUUGCGACCUUGUGAAGUUCACCUGCAAAACAGAAACUAUCCGAUUCAAAGACACCUUAGCCUACCAAAGCAGCACUCAUGAAAUGCAGAUACUUAAUGAUGGUACAGUGAAACUGGAAUUUUCCUGGGAAGUUUUGUUAGACCCAAACAGCAAAUCGGUCAGCCAAAACCAAGAAGGUGGCACGUCAUCAGGCGACUUCAUAGAAGAUUACCCUCGCAGCAGCCCGACUGUUGACAGAUCUCUUCCGACAGGAACCUCCAAUAGGCAACGUAUUACAGUGGAGCCGAGUGUUGGGACAAUUUUUCCAGGUGCUGUGCAAAAUUUCUGUGUUUGCUUUUCACCUUUGGAGGCAGGCCAGUUUCAAGGCAAAUUGAACUGCAGUAUACCCAAUUUACGUGCUGGGACUCGGGCCCCCUCUAUCUCGUUUUAUGGGCGCAGCAUAUUGCCUCAUUGCCACUUUGACCUCGAAGACUCUGACUAUGUCAGCGGAAGCCGACGCAACCCUAUGUUCAGGACUUAUUUGGAACCCAGCAUCAGAGUGAUUGAAUGUAAAACUCUUGGCCUCUUUACUCCUGCAAAAAGGUGUUUUACUGUGUUGAACCCAACCACUGAACCAUACUCAUUUCAAUGGAAGUGUGAAGACACUGGUAACAGUCCAUUUAGCUGUCUCACUCCAUUUGGGACAAUUCGGCCUGGAGAGAGGUCAGAGAUGUGCUUUAAAUAUGUGGCUGAGAAUGUGAACGAUGUGGAGUCGUUCUGGAGCUUUGUGAUUGAGACGCUGUCUGUGUCUGUCUCCUUCCUUUGUGUUGGCUCCACGAGAGAACCGCAAAUCUACUUUGACAAACCUCACGUUGAUUUUGGCGAACAACUUAUUGGUAAUAAAGUUUCAAAAACAGUGGAUUUAGUGAAUGGAGAGGAGGAGCCCUUUCACUUCACUGUUUUACAGCCAUCUUUACACUGUGAUGACCAAGAGUCUAGCCUCGUUUUUCAGCCGAUGUCCGGCACAGUGGCAGCCAAAGAUAGGUUGCCCUUGUCAGUGUCCUUCAGCCCUUGCCGACAAGGUUAUGUGAGCUUCAAAUUAACCCUGAGGGUCAAGAGGAAAUCAAAGCCACUCAUCCUCACUUGCAAAGCACAUUGUUUCACAAUUACUGCAUCUGUUCAAGUGGAAAAUCCAGAUGGGGGCCUAAGAGCACUAUGUCCUGACAGCAACUCAAAUAUUUUGAACUUUGGAAAGGUGGGCAUUUCAGAGCAAGCUACGUUUAAUAUCCUGGUGACCAAUACAGGAAGGCACAGCAUGGAAGCAAAUUUUGAACUGGAAGGUCCAAUUGAGCUUCUUCAACAACUGUUAACGAAACCAAAAAAUGCAACAAUAGCUGUUGGGGAGAAGCUGCAAUCAGCACUCUUCUUUUCUCCACGGAGCAGUUGCACCCUCAAAGAUGUCAGACUGUUGAUAAAGGUAAAUAAAGGCCCAUUGUUUAGCAUUUCCAUCGGAGGCAGUGGUGUGGCACCAGAACUUGAAUUCUCUUUCAAAAAGUACAACUUUGGCAAGAACUUUGUGUAUUGUCCUGGCAUGGUGCCAGCAUCCCACAUUCUCAUGUUAAAAAAUAGAGGCAACAGGGACAUCAGUGUCAAGUGUGAAUCCAGAAAGUGCUCAUUCCUGGAAAUUGGAUUCCAACCUGAUGUUUUGAGCCCUGGUGCUAUGGUGGAAGUUCCCAUCACCUUUUAUCCUCGCGAGCCACGACGUUAUCACGAAAGCAUCAUCUUCUUAAUAAACAGCUGCAUCAAAGAACAGGUGGACAUUUGGGGACAAGGAAUUGAAUUGAAGUUGGGAGUAUUGGCUCCAAAGCAUCAAAAGGUGAAAGUUGGAAAUAUUUCACCGGGUCAGAGAGUGAUCAAACGGCUGCAACUCGUCAACCGCAGCAUUUUGGACGUUUCCUUCUCCUUGCAACUUGACACGAAAAAAACACAUAUGGAGACCAGGGAUUUGUCAUUCAGUCCAGCAACCGAGUUGUACGUCAAAGCUCUUCAAGGUUCAUGCAGUGUUGAGAUCCUGUUCACACCCCAUCAGCGUAUUCCUCCUUUUAUCGCUGAGCUGCAAGCUGUGAUUGACAGCUAUUUACAUCCCUUGCUGACCAUCCAGGGCUGCUGCCAGGGCGUAGCGGUGCGUCUAGAACAAGACCACCUUGGUUUUGGAGCAAUAGUUCAACACUGCCAGGCCAAAAAGAAAGUUGUCAUAAUUAACACUGGAGAACUAUGUGCCCGGUUUCACUGGAAAACUGAAGACUUUCCUCCAGAGUUGUCUAUCCAGCCAACUAAAGGCUCAAUCCAGCCAGGGACAGAGGUUCCCUUAGAAUUAACAUUUGCUCCUGUUCGCUUGAAUAAUGAUUCAAGAUAUGAAAACCUAACUUGCUGCAUUGAGGGCUCUUCACCAAUCACUCUCACUGUGACUGGCUCCUGCAUUGCAGCUGCUUCCAACAAAGAGAUUAUCAGUUUUUCCUGCCCAGUGCGUGGCUCCCACACUCAGACUCUGUCUGUUUUCAACCCCACAAACCAACGUUGCAGCAUACGACCAGUCAUCAAUGGCAAGCAUUGGAGAGCUGCACCAUCUGUGGUUCUUGAGCCUCUUCAAAGCAACACAUACGAAGUCACAUAUAGACCACUGACCAUGACAGUUGAUGGGAAGAAACACUUGGGGUCAGUAUUUUUCUCAUUUCCCAAUGGGGCUGGCAUGCUUUACUCGCUACAAGGAAGUGCUGACUCCCCUAAAGCCGAGAGCACAAUUGUACAUGAACUGCCUGCCAAGACACAUCACACACAGAUACUCCCUGUCACCAACUGGCUCUCAAAGCAAAAACGGUUCCUUGUUAUUAAGGAGUUUCUUAGACCUGAAAAUCCAGAUAUGACUGUAUCACUGAAGGGUCGCGAAUACAUUGAUGUCCCUGCUCUGUCAAAGAAAGACUACAAGAUUCAUUUUUACGUAUUCAGAGAGGGCCAGUACAAUGCAAAGGUGACAUUUCUUAAUGAGUCAUCGGGGGAGUACUUGUUCUACAUUAUUAACUUCAAGGUUACCAGCCCAGCCGACUUGUCCAAAGUAGAACUUGUAUCUAAUGUUCGCGAAAAGGCAUAUGCAACCAUAGAAGUGGAGAACCCGCUGAGCACGCCAAUCUGCCUCACUGUUGACUGUAAAUGCCCUGAAGUCAGUGCUCCAAGCCUGCACACUGUGCCUGGAAUGUCAAAGGGUGCGCUGACCUUCGACUACCAGCCACUCAGGGUCGGCGAGACGACCUCCCGACUGUCUCUUUUUUGUAGUGAACUCGGUUACUUCCACUAUGGGCUUCUUCUCCGAGCUCUACCUCAGCCACCAGAGAAGACCGUCCGAUUCAGCGCUUCUCUCGGAAGUAGCCACACGGUUCCUGUUAAGUUUCUCAACUUCUCCCACUUCAAAACUGAAUAUGCUUGCAAGAUUGACUGCCCAGCCUUCCUUGUGAACAAGACUGUGGCUGCCUUGCCAGGUAACCAGACUGGAUCUCAAGUCAGUGUGGAGGUUUGUUUUGAGCCUUAUCAGCUUGGAGAAGUGAAAGGCCAGCUCCAGCUUAGUUCUGGAAUUGGCGGGGAAUACAUCUUCCUGUUACACGGAGAAGGUCUGCCUGCUAAAACACAAGGCCCAUUCAACAUUAGGACUGGCCGGAGCAUCUCUAUCCCUUUCAAAAAUGUGUUCUUGCAGACUACUGUCUUUUCUUUCCAGGUGGACAACCCCUGUUUUACGGUCAAAGCAGCUGACACUAUCCUCUCUAAAAAAACACAGGCCAUCCAGGUGUACUUUGUGGCCCCUGAAGGAGGAUCACCAGGGCCAAGUAUUGGCAAACUGACCAUCUCUAACCAAUGCACAGAGGGACAGAGUAAAACCUCAUGGAUUUAUUACUUGAAAGGAAACCUGCUAGAGUUAUCCUAG